AUAAAGUAGACACCAAAAUAAGCAAAUGAAAAAAUAUGUCAAGAGUAAAUUAAAUUCUACAGAAAAAAUGGAAGAAUCGAAUAAAGGGAAUAGAAAAGGGAAUUCCUUAAGUAGAAUGUCAAGUAACCGUCAAAGAAUUUGGUCAAAAGAUGGAAUUUUUAUGCAAAGGUCAAUAAGGAAAUCUAUGGAAAAUUUGAAAAAAGGCAAAUUAUAUUCAUCUUGUUUAAGGAAUUCUAAGAAUAUUUCAACAAAUUUAAAUUAUGCAGACGAAAUCCACAAAACUAAAGUAACUGCUGCAGGCUUUAAGCGAUCUGGCCAAGGUUUAUCUCUUGGGGAAUCGAUUAAAAUAUCCAAUACGGAGAAUAAUCUUAGAAAAAUCGUAACUAAUUUCCUACUUGCCGAAUCCUUGUCGAAUAGGAAAGAUCUACUCGUCAAAGGGAAUAAAGAUGAUACUUUAGCGACUCAAAUAGUCCGCUUUGUAAUUAUAGACGCCCUUGCUAGAAUAAUGGGAAAAGAUUUGGAUAGAGAAUUUGGUCAUGUAGCUGAUACUUUUGCUAAUCGUUUUGUUAUUGACGUUUUAAAUGACAAAGUUAGAUUUAAGGGAAAUAAUAAGGAAAAAGCAAUCAAUAUCGCAGCUAUUACUAUUGAAAAUGUAAUAAAUACUUAUUCAAUUUAUAGUGAAUUAUAUCAGCAAGCUGUAAAUAAUUAUCCGGAUUUUGACUUGAGAAGCACAGCAUAUGAAAUUAUGCAUUGUAUUAUUGAUUUUGAAACUCCAGAUUAUUCUUAUUAUGAUAGUAAUAAUCAAAAUAAACCAACUAAUAAACCUUCUACUACCUACGAUAUUUGUACUAUUAAUAAUGAACUAACAAACAUGAAUAUUAAUAUCAAUGAAAAUGAUAAUUUUAACAGCUACAACAAGAAAGAUAACGAAUUUGAAAGUAUUAAAAAGUCUUUAUUCAAUACAAACAGCGAUUCGAUACUUUCUCAACUCAAAGAAUAUCAACUUUACGAACAAACAAACGAUUCUUUUUCGUCAAUUUGUAGAAAUUUUAAUAAAAACUGCAAUGAAAUGGAUAAAUCCACUAGACAGAGUGCGAAUGUCAAUAAUAGUAAGGUAAAGAUUAAGAAACAAUCUGCCUCUGGCGAAUCUAUAAAAGUGAAAACUACUGAUAGUACUGUUAAUGCAGAAGCUAAUCAAUCUACGCUAGAGAAACAAUCAAAGGAUGAGAUAAUAAAAAGGAAAAAAGAUAAGGAAGAGCUUAAAAUAGUUAAUGAAACAGAAGAAAAUCAAGUUGAGAUUCAAACGAUUGAGUUUAACGAAGAGGAAAAUGAACGUGAUCAUUGUAUUCCUUGCAGAAUAAAGGGGAAAAUUCGUGAAGUGAACUCAAGCGAUCACUUAUUGGAUGAUGAUUGCGAUGAUAUUUUCGACUAUAUAUUAUGCAAUAAGUCUUCUACUGAUAACAAGGAAUAAUAUUAUUUGCGUUUUGUUUGCCUUUGUCCUUUAUAGGUUUCUCCUAAAACUAGACCUAUUAAUUUUAUCAAGACAACAAAACUCACCAACUUUUUCCCAUUCUCUCUCUAACUUUUACCGAUAUGUAUUCGAGUUUAAUAGUAGUCUUUUGUUAGGAC